AUGGUUGAAUUUGCUAAAAACUUGGCUGAUUUUGCUGCUGCUAGUGGGAAGAAGCAUGUCAUUGUGCUGUCUAGCUUAGACUUUGGGAGGUGGCGAAAUAUUGAUAUGUCAAGAUAUAGAUCAAUAAUUAUGCUUUUAGUUACUUUUAGAUGCCUUCUUUGUACCAAGUUGAUUGAGUUACAUUUGAACUCAGUUGUACGUCUGGGUGGUUAUCUAUGCGUCCAUCUAGACUCACUGUUUGUAGUUGUCUGCGCCAUUUCUUUUGCAAUCUUAUUUAUCCUUUAUCACACCAGUGGUUUGCAGACAUACUACUUUUCUAGCACCAAUAGCGAUGGAACAAAUGAUUACUGCGAGGGACUUGGGUGGAAAAGACUGCAGGAGUGCAACCCUACCCAGAGGGGUUGGAAAUAUCUCAGCACUUUAGCUGAAGGAAAUGCCACACAGGAAGAAAAUCUGCCUUUUGAAGAUGAACUAGAAGAAGAAGAUUACUAUCCAAGCUUGCCCUUUGCUGCACUUUUUUCUUGUUUGAAGGCCAAAGGUUUGAAGGUCACCUGCUUAUUAUGCUACUGCUCAGAAGGGGACAACAUACCAGAUGCUUUCCAUUUGGCCGAGGCGGCAAGCAAACUUCUGGGGAUAAGUCCCAGUAAUUUCCAUUGCAAUGAAGGUGGUAAAUAUAUGGCUCAUUCCAUAUUCGUGGAAGACUGUGUAUGGACCACCCCAGAUAUAUGCAUGUUUUAG